AUGACAGAGGCCCCCAAGAUUGACCCAACGUUAGCUGGAAUGUUCCCAUUCGCCUUCCCAGGCGCUGUUGAGGAAAAGGAAUCAGUUGAACCACCGCCACUCCAUCCAGAGCUUGAACAACUCGGUUUUAACGAACUUUAUCAACAUGUCUUUGAUUCCAUGCUUCCAGGAGAGAAGUGCCUUGAUUUCCUUAAGAGAGUUAAGGCUAACAAUGGCAAUCUUGAUGAUGCUGCUAAAUAUAUUUCUGAACUUUACGCUCGUGGCGAAGUUGAUAUCUUCGAACGCGACUGGGUAUUCCUUGGCAUCAGUGCAGGCCGUAUUGGCGAUAUUCUUGAAAUGAAAUGGAACGUAAAGAACGAAGAAGGUAUUACAGGCCCAUUCACAAGCCUCGAGUUAGCUCCAAAGGCUCGUGUCCUUGCUGCUAUGGAUUCUCUUGUUUCUGUUGCCGGAAAAGAAGAGAACUGGCUUCCAAUUGAUAAAUUGAACUUCGCAAUGUUAAAACUCUAA